GAAGAAAACAAAAAAAUAAUGGUCAAUGGAACUGAAGCUUAGCCAAUCUUCUCUUCCCACUGCCAUCUUCAAUUCCUCUUCUUUCUUCACCAAGCAUUUUACUUUACUUGCUCAGCGAUGGAAGCUUCAUAUUCAGAGGAUAGCUUGGAAGGAUCGAGACAUAAGCAAGAAAAUCUUGGUUCAUGUGGUCAAAGAUGGUGAAAACUUGACUUCCAUUUCAAAAUUGUAUGGGGUGCCAAUUCAUGACAUUGCUGCUGUUAAUAAGGACAUUGUUGAUGUUGAUCUUGUUUCCGAAGGGAAACAUCUUAAUAUCCCUUCUGCUAGUGCUGGAGAUGCUCAAGGGUGCCACUUUGAGGGAGAUAAAUUUCAUGAACAUCAAUUGCCUAAAGCAACUCCUUGUUCAGAAUUUAAUACCAGACAAUGGAAUCAGAUCCUUACUAUUCCAUCAUCCUGUCGAUUACCACUUGCUAAGAGAACUGGUUCUGUUCUAGUUCUGGUUCCUCUCAUUGCCUUUUGCAUCAGAUGCAUAAUUGGCGCUUGUCAAAAUAGAGUUGCCAGAAACUUGAGAGAUCAGGCUGUAAAUAAAUCUGGAAUGCCCCGCGAUAGGUGUAAUAGUGUGAGAUGGAAAACUGUCCUUAGUGAGUUGAGAGAACCAGAUGCUCUGGAUGCUGAACCUGAGACGGAUUCUGAUCCAUUCUCAGAGGAGCAGGAAGAAGUGCAUUUUGAAGAAAUUUUCCAUUCUUAUGCCAAACUUGAAGAUGACUAUCAGAAGUUCCUUUCAGAAUGUGGAAUGAGUAAUUGGGGCUAUUGGCGUGGAGGUUCACCUCAAUAGAUACUGAUGACUGCUAUCUAUUCUAUUUGUUUCUCUUUUCAUUUUUCUUGUAGCAAUUGUUAGUAUUUUAUUAUGCUUUUUUGUUUUUAGAUUUUUUCUUUUCUUUUUUUUUUUUUGGGUUGGGGGGGUUGUCUUGGAGGGGCAGGUGGAGUUUACACCACCCUGUCGCAGCUCUGCAUGUUCAUUGAGAGUAAGUAUGCAGUAAAAGAUGAUCAAUGUAUAGUGCUCCUUUUUAGCAAGAAUAGUUGGUUUUUAUGUACCUCCGAAAACAAUGCACUGGUGGUUCUGCUCGUUUUUGUGUAUGUUACGAAAUCACAAGCUUGAAUCAAUCGGCGAUUUGUCCUGAUGAAAAGUUUCACAAGUUAUAUGGCUACUGGAUUAUCAAGCACGUAAAUUAAUUAUGAUUCAUUUAUUAAUAAUAUAUAGUCAUAUUGGGCAUUAUUCAGGUCUGGAGUGCAAAACCUAUUAAUAAUGACACUGGUUCCCGGAAUCUGAAUCUACAUUAUAAUCGAGUCAUUAUCCAAAUACAAAAGCUCCCUGCUGAAGCUACAGUGCAGAUGAAUAUUUGGCAGAUAAGGGCAAUUAUGCAUGUUCAUUACAUUUUACAAAAGUCAUGAAUCAGCAACCAGGAAAACAGCAGGCGGCAUCUGAAGUUCAAAACUUAGCGUACUUUGCGUACUUUUUCCUCUUGACCCAGUCCAAGUGAUUUCUGUGCAUCAGCUAUACCAGCAGGAUC